AUGGCGCGUGAAAAUGACAUCAUCAAAAGAUUUGCGUUUACGGUGGAUCUCGCGAUAGUAGCCGAACUCUCCUGCCUUAUUGAACCAUCCCGGCGUCUGUGUCAUAUUUGCCGCAAAGCCCGCAGAAUCUCAACCGGUGAGACGAUACGCGCCGCGCGCAAGGACCACUACAAAGGCAACAAGAAUGCACAAGCCGUCGACUCGUUCGACGAGACUUCCAACGGGACCAUCCCCAACGGGACCGGUCACCACUUGAAGUCCAACAAGGCUUUCGUGAAAUCGGUCAAACCGUCGGCACUGCAACAACAGCAGCUGAAUGCCAACAACCUGAACGGCAACGCGUCUGUCGUCAACGACGAUAAUAAGAAUCCGAUCAUUCUCGCCAACGACGAUUUCCCGGUGCAUGAGUGCGUGUUCAAAGGGGACGUGAGACGGCUCUCCUCCCUCAUCAGGACCCAUAGCAUCUCUCAGAAAGACGUGCAUGGUAAUACCCCUCUGCACCUGGCUGUGAUGCUGGGCCACAAAGAAUGUGCCCUUCUUCUUCUGGCCCACAAUGCACCAGUUAAGAUGAAGAAUGCACAAGGAUGGAGCCCUCUGGCAGAAGCCAUCAGCUACGGCGAUAGACAAAUGAUCACGGCAAUACUGCGCAAACUGAAGCAACAAUCCAGGGAGAGCGUGGAGGACAAAAGGCCAAAGUUACUCAAAGCCCUGCAGGAGCUGGGCGACUUUUACUUGGAGCUGCAUUGGGAUUUUCAAAGCUGGGUGCCUCUGCUGUCUCGGAUGCUUCCCUCUGAUACUUGUAAAAUCUACAAGCAGGGCAUCAAUAUCAGGUUGGACACCACCCUCAUCGACUUCAUCGACAUGAAGUGUCAGCGCGGAGACCUCAGCUUCAUUUUCAGUGGUGAGGCGCCGCCCUCGCAGUCCUUCGUGGUCCUGGACAACGAAGCCAAAGUGUACCAAAGAAUACACCACGAGGAGUCAGAGAUGGAGACGGAGGAGGAGGUGGACAUCUUGAUGAGCAGUGACAUCUACUCGGCCACCUUGUCCACUAAGUCCAUCACAUUCUCCCGCACUCAGAGUGGCUGGCUCUUCAGGGAGGACAAAACCGAGCGGGUGGGCAACUUCCUGGCGGACUUCUACGCCGUCAACGGCCUGGUGCUGGAGUCUCGGAAGCGGCGCGAGCACCUGAGCGAGGAGGACAUCCUCAGGAACAAAGCCAUCAUGGAGAGCCUCAGCAAAGGCGGCAGCAUCAGCGAGCACAACUUUGAGUCCGCGAGGAGGCAGUCCCUCUCGGCGCCGGCCCCCAACACCAUUUCUUGGGAGGAGUACAUCACAGCCGAGCACGGAAAGCCUCCUCAUGUGGGCAGAGAGCUGGUGUGCAAGGAGAACAAGAAGCAUUUCAAGGCCACCGUAGCCAUGAGCCAGGACUUCCCGCUGGGCAUUGAAUCUUUAUUGAAUGUGUUGGAGGUGGUCGCUCCCUUCAAGCACUUCAACAAGCUGCGAGAGUUCGUCCAGAUGAAACUGCCCCCCGGCUUUCCCGUCAAACUUGACAUCCCCGUGUUCCCGACCAUCACGGCCACCGUCACCUUCCAGGAGUUCCACCAAGACCACUUUGAGGGCUCUCUCUUUGUCAUCCCCCCCGACUUCAAAGAAGACCCCAGCCGCUUCCCGGACCUCUGACUGCCUGCAAACACAACACUUCAUUUCAAAUCACUGUCUUUACGUGCAUAUAUACAAGCAUACUGUAUUUCUCAAAAUAGCGGGAGUAAUAUUCAACAUUAUUUAUGUCGAGUUAGUUUAAAAGAAAUGGAGGAGAAGAAAAAGGACUUAAGCUGUGCAUAGAAGAUUGUGGAGCAACCAUGUGUUGGAAAUGAAGCUUGUCUUAAACUGGUUUACGACAUGUGGUGGGUAAGACUGCGCACUUUGAUUUCAGCCCACAGUCUGUUUGUGUCUUGUUGUUUUGGUCAGCAAAAAAUCUUCAAAUAGGUUUCCUCUUUAAUCUUCAUGAACAGGGAUAAUUACACUCCCCCGCCCUCAUAGAGCAAAAGGGAGGCAUCAAGUGAACAGGCAGACUUAGAAGGGAUGCCACUAUUUGAGGAAAUCUCUUUUCUGUGUCAUAAAUGAGAGCUGAGUGCCAGCCAUUUUGUUGCCGGAUCCAAAACAAACCAAUGCUUUCCAUGCUGCUAUUCUCAAAGGACUCCACGGUAUAUUCUUAUUAAUAUUCAUCUUGUCAUUUAUUUCAAGUGUCCUGACACUGUCCUGUAAAUAGUUUUGGCUUCUCAACAAACAAAAAUAUUAUCGGUUAUAUGAUAUACUUAAGCUUAAUUAUGCAUUUGUGCAGAUAUGUACUGUACGUAUAUGUCUCUCUACUCAUGGACUUAACGGUGUGUAGCAAUACGUUGACGAUACGCAAGAAUGUUUUUAACUGACCUCCAAAAUACGUUCAUUUUCCGCAUUCAGGUUAGCUCACGUUUACCUCCUACUCCUCGACCGUCUUCUCCAUUGUCUUGUCAAAAGAUUGUAGCGCGUGCGAGACUUUUCAGGUUUACCGUCAUUGGUGUCAAUCUGCACUGUUUGAGGGUGACUACGUGGCACACAGUUUAACAAGUCUGUCACCCCUUCAAACACCUUUCAGUGCUCAUAGUAGCUUGUCUGUUAUUAUUCUUUUGUACAAAACUAUGCUGUAAAGUUACUGGCACUCAUCCUUCCUUCUCAAUAAAGCACCAGCAUCAUACAGAUA